AUGGCGUCCAAGUACUCGCUCUCCGCCGAGCUGCCCGCGACGCGCAAGUCGCUGCGCCGCGGCAACACUCAGACUCAGUACGACCACCAACUCGGAGUUCUGCGCGAACAGGCGUCAAACAACCAGCCUGCAGAAGAGAAGAUCUCGGUUACGCCACACGAUGCUUGGGCUCAGCCAACGCCUCCUGCACCCGCCGCAGCGCGAGGCGGCCUCAACACCGCCGACGCCAUGGUGAGACGUGACCUCUCUCUGCGUCGCGGCGUCAGCAGAGGCAAGGGCAAGGGCGCCGCCGCCGCCGGCGAGGAGACGGCGCUCAAGUCCGAAUUCGACUCGUCCGACGUGACCUACGACGAGCGCGGCUACCUCGUGCUCAAGGGCGCCGACCGCUACGGUCUCACCAGCUCCGCCUUCUCCACCGACAAGACCAAUGACGAGGGCCGCAAGCGCACCAACCGCUUUGCGUAUCUCGAGGGGCUGCGCGGCGUGCUUGGGCUCCAGGUGCUCAUCUGGACCUUCUUCCGCAUCUUUGCACCCGCCAUCGUGGCCGAUCGCGACGUCGACGGCGUCUACCCCGCCGCGUUCGUCGCAGCUGCACCUACCUGGCAGACGGUGCUCCGAAAGGCGCUUUCGCCCCUCCUCUUCGACGGCGAGCUGCAGGCGGCCAUGUUUGUCAUCCUCACUGGCCGUGCCUCGCUGCAGACGUACAUCGAGCGCCGUGUUGCCACGGGUCUGGCCGGCCCGGCGUUCAAGCGACCUUUCCGCUUCCUCAUCCCCAUGGCCGUCACGCUUGCCCUCGUGUCGCUCGUGAUUGGCGUCAACGGCUUCCGCUACGCAUCCGAAAUGUCGAGCGCGCUGCAGAACCAGCACGCCACGCCUCCGGUCCAGUGGGGCUCGGCGCUCGAGUACUUCAACUCGCUCCUCUUCUUCUUCUCGUCGCCGCUCUACUUCAAGACGGCGCGGGCGACCACGUUCAUCCCGCCGUCGGGCACCCUGUGGAUCAUCCCCGUCAUCUUCCAGCAGACGUACGUGCUCAUCAUCCUCGCGUUUGCGCUGCCGUACACCAUCAUGCGCUACAAGAACCUCGGCAUGAUCCUGCUCAUCCUCACCACCGCCUGGGUCGGUCGUUGGUCGUGGUACACGCUCACGGGCCUGCUGCUCGCCGAGUGGUCCACGGUCUACCUCCAGCUGCUCCCCGCAAAGGGUAUCCCGCUCAACCGCCAGGGAACUCGAUUCGUCCCCACGUGGGUGCCCGGUGUGGCGUUUGCACUGCUCGGUACCAUGUUCAAGUACCUCUGGAUCGCAGCAGUGCCGGCCAAGGCGAACAACGACAUCAUUGCCCACGUAGACGGCAACACGGGCAGGCUCAACUACGGCGUCGACCCGUCGCAGGUGGCGUUCCCGCGCUACGACAACUGGCUCUUGGCUACGGGCGUGCUGUAUCUGAUCGAGAUCUCGCCGCGAGCGCAAAAGGUGCUCGGCAACCGUGUCUUUGUGCACAUCGGCAGGUGGGCCUUCUCGAUCGCCCUCAUCUCGGGCACACUCAUGCUUAGUCUCGGCAGCUUCGUUUGGCACCACCUCACGGCCAGCACCGCCCAGGGCGGCCUGGCGUGGACCAGCGAGGCAGGCAUCCUGGGUGUGCUCUUUGUCAUUCUCAUCCCCGCAAGCUGCUUGCUCGCCGAGGCCUACUCGCGCGCUGUCGACGACUCGGCGCUCUGGCUCGCCAACUGGAUGUUUAAGUGGAUCCGCGUCUAG